CCGCCACCACCCUUCCCAGCCGCUCUGGACGUGUGGCCGGGCAACCGCGUGACGUUUCGCUGCCCCCUGCCCACGGAGGGGAGGGGGGCAGGGGGCGAGGGGAGGGGAGGGGGGGCAGAGCGGGCGAUGUGGAGGGCGAGGCUGGAGAACGGCUCUUCGCUCAUGAUCUCCGGCGCCAACGCGAACCAACACGGUGCCACCUUUACCCUCAACUCGUCCGCUCACUCCGCGUCGCUCUCCUUUGAGCGAGCGUCGCCAUCGCACAGCGGCCUCUACUCCUGCUGCGUCCGCCACGGAGCCGCCGCCAACGGAGCCACCGCUGCCGCCAACGGAGCCACCGCUGCCGCCAACGGAGCCACCGCUGCCGCCAACGGAGCCACCGCUGCCACCAACGGAGCCACCGCUGCCGCCAACGGAGCCCCCACCUCUGCUACCGCCACCGCUGUUGCCGCCACCGCCGCCGUGGUGGAGCAGCAGCCGGAUCCGCAGCAGCAGCAGGAGGUGGAGGAGGACUGCCGCUGCUCCUUCCGGCUCCACGUCGAGGAGCCGGCUUCGUCUUCCGCUCAUCAGCAGAGCGAUGGAUCCACGCCUAACGUGACGACGUUCUUGGCCGUCAUCUGCUCGCUGCUUGCCGGGGUCGGAGUCAUCGCCGCGCUGCUCUUCGUGCUGCUCAGAAGAUACCGAAACUGCAGCUCCGUAGACAAAGCCACCGCUGCCACCAAAGGCACCGCCACCACCACCACCGCUGCCACCACCGCCGCCACCGCCACCACCAUCUCCACCAUCGCCACCAGCUCGGAACACGUGUGAACCCUCCGCUCUGGACACCCCUAGGUCGAUGCUCGUGUGUGAGUGUGUGAUGGGGUCUGUUGAGUCAUCACACAACAGCCCUUGUAGCAGUACCUGUUAUUGUCUGCAUCCUGUAAUCCCCAAUGAUGUAUGGUGGUCUGUAUAGGCGCGCAUUUAAACGAUGCAUUCUUUUUUUCGAUUUAAAGCUUUCGUGGCUGCAGGGAUUCAUCGUCUUGGUUCUUUCGGUAAAGUCAUCGCGUAGAAGGGAGAUAAUAAAAUAAUAAAAAUAAACCAUAAUAAAAUACAAUUUUAAAAUAAUAAAAAUAAAACGUAAUAAAAUGCAAUUUUAAAAUAAUAAAAAUAAAACGUAAUAAAAUACAAUUUUAAA